UAUUUGCGGAUCGCCGGCCGUCAGCUGCACUCGCCACAUGCGACCCGCCGCAAUAUAUGGUUAUGGUGGAUUUCGCGCGAAUUGUCACACUUCUCUGUGAUUUUUUAAUAAACCGGGUCUUAAUUAUUGUACGGACGGAAAUAUGAAGCACCUGGGAUUUCUACUUGUGGUUACCAUUACCAUCAGUGCAGUAAGAAACGUCAUCAGCCUGAAACCAGCAGCGGAGCGGAUGGCGGCUGAUUACUUCCACUUCAAAAAUGUGAAGUUCGUUUGUUAUUUCUCGUGUGAAAUUCAACAUUAUAAUAUGCAACUGGUAAGAAAAUUAUUCGAGCACGACAUAAGAAUAUCAGUGAAAGAUAUCAGAGAAGAUACUACAUACAAGCCAAUUUUUUUAACGUAUCGGAAAGUCUCUGUUGGUGUUCUUCUAGAUGGAAAUUGUGACAAUAUAAUACCUAUUCUAAAUGAGGCAUCCAGAUAUAAACAAUUUGAUGCAAUGCACGUGUGGCUGGUACUGAGCAAUGAAAAUGGAAACAAUGCACUUGACUUUAUUAAUGAACACUUCUGUGAUCUUAAUUUAAGCGUAAAUGCGGACAUAGUAGUGGCUGAUUAUCGGGGAACCCAUUACCUGUUUACUGAUGUAUACAACUUCGGCAGGAUUCAAGGAAAUCACUUGGAGCGAGUAAGCGCCGGUACUUGGACGGAGGCCUCUGGCGUGAGGCUCGCUGUGAAGGGAUUCCAAUAUUACAAUCGGUGGGAUUUCCACAAUUUGACGCUCCGCGCCGUGUCGGUGAUUCGAGACCGUCCCAAUACAUUCUACCCGGAGAUGUUAACCGACAUUCAGUACACAGCGGGAAUAUCGUCCAUGACCAAAAUAGUUGCGCAGUUGCUGAAACUUCUGAUGGAGCAACACAAUUUCAGAUUCAAUUAUACGAUAGUCGGACGAUGGAUCGGAGAACCCGCGAGAAACUCUACAAAGGCAGUCACCAAUACGUUGUUUUGGGGCGAACAAGACAUUUCGUGUACUUGCGCCAGGAUCUUCCCGAAAUGGCUCGAGUGGGUAGACAUCUUUUAUCCUCCUGCGACGAAUCUCGAAACUAAGUUUUAUUAUCUGAUCCCGGAUAAAGGCGUGGGUGACUAUGAAAACCGCUUCUUGUCCCCUCUCUCGGCCGGGGUGUGGUGGGGCUCCUUUGCUGCUGGUAUACUCUGCGUCUUGGUGCUUACAGUUGCAUCUUUGUUCGAAAGUAGACCACAGGCUGCGAUAUAUGCAUUCUUCAGUGUUCUGGCAGCGAUCUGUCAACAAGCAUACGAUGAUUUUCAAACACUCGAAGAAAGAUUUUCUAGUCAAGGUCGUCGGGUAACACUACUGGUAAUAGGUCUGACGAGUAUGCUGCUUUACAACUACUAUACCAGCAGCGUGGUCUCCUGGCUGCUGAAUGCUGCAGCUCCCACCAUUGCCACGAUGGACGGCCUCAUAAACAGCGACCUGCAGCUCAUCUUUGAGGAUAUAGGCUAUACCAGGGGCUGGCUGGAUAAUCCGGGUUUCUUCUACUACAGUGGUUACAAAAAUGUUAAAGAAGACGAGCUGAGAGAGAAGAAGGUAACGCGUGCCAAACGAACUGUGCCACUGAUGCAACGCGUCGAGGAUGGCAUUGAACUUGUACGGAAGGGUGGGUUUGCUUACCAUACUGAGCCGUAUACAGCCAAUCAAGUGAUAUCGAAAACCUUCGAAGACCGGGAGCUGUGUGCACUGGGAUCCCUGCAAAUGAUGGCGCCAGCGUAUGUCUACAUUAUGGCGCAGAAGCAGAGCCCUUAUAAGGAGUUCUUUAUAUGGAGUCUUAUGCGUUUAUUCGAGCGCGGGCACUACACAGCGUCACGCGCACGAGUCGCCGCCGUCACGCCCGCGUGCUCGGGGAGCACUCCGCGCGCGCUCGCCCUCGGCCAAGCUGCUCCUGCCUUCUUUUUGUUCUUUCUACUUAUUUUGCUGGCUGUAUUCAUAUUAAUAAUUGAGAUAAUAUGGCACAGGAUGGAGCAGAAAAAACAAGCGGCGAUAAACCGAUCAACUUACAAAAAGUCAAUCGCACCGCAGCGCGGCCGCGUAAUCGCGCACAUAACGCACAGAGCCACAUUGAGGACAUAAUUCAGGAGAGUAAAAAAACAAUAACGGGAAGAUGUUUGACGCGCUCCCUCGCCGCCGGCCCAGGGGGGAGCGGUAUUUGUCGAUAUUAUCGGCAUCAAGGACUAAAAUAUACAUAAUUUAAUAUCGAUACUGGGAUCUUUAAUCAAUUCGAAUUAUUUAUUUGCAAAAUGCGGUAUUAUAUAAAGUUUUAAUUAUAUUACAUUUAUACAAUAUAGUCAGCUCGUAUACAGACAUGUAAAUUUUUAUUUCAGUAUCACAAUAUCAGUAUUAUAGGAAAAAUAUCGACAUAUUAAUAUAUUUAUGUGCUAUCAAUGCUGGUUAGAAGUUAUAAUAAUUAGCUAGAUUUCAGAAAUCCUGUAUUAAUCUAAGCAAUCUAAAACAGGAUUAUUGGAUUAUUAUUAAGUUAACAAUAUUAAAUAUAAAUACCAC